UAUCUGUCGACGAAAAGAAAAACAAACAGAAAAGAAAACAGUGCCUCCUCGUAUUCUGCUCUAGGACGAGGAAGACAGUAUGGCCUGCAAGCGGAACCUGCGUAUGCAGCGCAAGUGUAGUAUUGACUACUGUGUAGAGAGCCGUGUCGAACUUGACUCACCUGGCAGUGUAAGUACAGCCGCUCUCGCCGAUGUGAUUUCUCGUUUAACUCAAAACUGCUAUGUGUAUGUGCAUUGCGAAGGAUCUCAAAAAGAGGAUUCAGCUGGGGCCACGGCAGAACUAGAGCUGCGAUCGUUCCUUCUAACCGUAGGGUAGAUUAACCCUCGAACCCCUUUAGGCUGCAGCCCCGUCCGACAGUGAUGAUUGUCUUGGAUAAACUUAGGCGGUAUGCGCCACAGAAGUGAACUGAAAACGACAAAGAUUCCAGAAGAUAGACCGUCUAUUGUGUUACACCAGUAUGUGGUUGAUCGCUGAUAGGAGGACCUCCGGAACAUCCGGUUCGGUGUCGUCAUCCCGUUUACCCCGGUUACUCGCGUCUCUCGGUCUCUCCUUGUGCCACUCUUCGGGUGUGCGUCGCUUCGUUUGACAACGUAGGAACAAAAUGGGGAUCUGUAGCUUGUGCCACCACGCAUAGGCCAUCACUUGUGUUUUACGGGGAUUUUGUUCGUUUUUCGUGCCACUGAGUUAGUAACUUUUCUUGCAGUUGCGUGUAAAAUGGAGUCGUGUACACUAUGUUAUUCACUACGAAGGAGUGUCCCGUCUGUCAACAACAACUCGAGUCCCCCCGCACAACCAAGAACAUGCACGGCCACUCUUUUGACGACACUUCAGUUCCUGGACGGUGUCGGCAAAUCGCAUGCAGCAUAUAGAACUGAGAGGGGAGUAAGUACACGUCAUGCGGAGGAGUCUCGGUCUCGAGCAACCGACCAGGACUUCUCGUCUGAUGGAAAUAUCACCGACGGCCGCCAGCAGUUAUCUUCACGGGCCGCAGCCGUACCUACUGCUGCCGAACACGAGCGUCGAUUGCGUAGGCGACUUCAAGCAUGUGGGCCACGACCAAGUGAAAUACGUCGUCUGAAAGAUGUGUUGGUGACACAUUUGCUGUCUGUCGCUGGCAAUCCUUCGUACAGGACGUCGAGGCAGAGCGUGCUCGUUAGUGGCUCCUCCUUGGUUCAUGAGCUGCGCAAGUCCUUUCAAUGCAAGCGGCUUAUCAUUAGCCGGCAGUCUAAGGGUGUGAAUCUGGACGCGUGCGCUCAUUUAGCGGAAGGUGACACACCGGUUUCGCCAACAGUGUCUAACGUAUGUAACAGCCUCUCCGCCGCUAACGAGAGUGUGCAUGGACCGGCCGGUCACGGAGUGGAGACGCAUUUUGUGACAGACCGUAUUCUUCGCAAAAUUGCCGGUCUACAUUCGUACGACGGUGGAUGUGUCGCGGAAAUGCGGCAUCCUCCCCCGGCUGCGAGUUUCGGUGAUAUGAAGCUGCUUCUAUGUCUCGGGCGUCCCCCGAACUCUUUCUGCGAGACCGACACCGCUUGCAGCUCUUUCAAGGGCCUCGAAGAGGACACAGACAAUUUCGAACGACUAAUGCUCGGCAUUCUUGGCACCAUUCUCCGAUCGGCCGCCGCACUACAGUGGCAGGGCGUCUGGCUUCUGCCUCAGUGUCCAGACGUCUUUAACCCCCUCGCCAUUCGGGCUUCCCAGGGAGCUCUCUUCUGGUUGCCGUAUCGGAGAGGGUCGUGGGAUGAUUUCGUUAAGUUCACGUCCGAACAAGAUCUGCUUAUCUGUAUCCCUCAUGAAGCUGGUCUAGACGUUCAUUCCAGCGAAUUAUCGCCGCGUAGUUACAAGGGCGUUUGCUUGUUAAUUGAUGACGCUGCCUUUCAUGCAGCCGACGCUCUUGUGCAACAGUCGAGGGGGAAGUUGUCCAACCAAUCAAAGGAGGUCGUUUCGUCCAACGCGGGGGACACCGCCAAUCACGUAUUAAUUCCGAAAGGAGGGAGAAAUAGAGUGCCUCGAUUGUCCUGUCCGUACCAGACCAUUGCCUUGCCAUCAGUCGGAUCGGGAGGAGAUGACGGAGACCAGGAGAAUGUGAUGGCUCUCAUGCAUCCAGUUACAUCGACUACGAUUUUGAUGUAUCAACUCAAGCAGACACACUUUCCGUCUGUAGCGUCUUCUGCCUUUCUGUUCUCAAAAAAAACGGAGACUUAAUGUACAAUCGGUUUCACGAAGCGUGACGGCCUGCAGGUACUGUAUGUCCUUCAGGCCGACCGACUUCGAUGGUGCUGCACAAGAGAUACGAGGGCCUCAUUCGUUGACGAAUGACUCUAUCUGUAGUGUGUUGGCCGGAUUUCGUUUUUUUUGAUAGGGAUUUGUUUUUCCUGAGUUAUCUGCGUGUUGUUAUCCGUAGCAGGAUGCGGAGAUGUGUGGUGCUUGUCAGAUACACCCCUGAAUGUAGGGAAAAUCAAUCCCCUCGCCGCGACGGUAGAAUCACCCAGAGACGUUUGAGCCCUUCAUAGCGUUGUAA